CAGUACAUGUCACUUCGUUGAUUUGGUAAACAAGUAAACCUCAUUGUAGGUUUGUUAUGAUAAAAAUAUCACUUUCAAGGUUUAAAGUACUUGUAAAAAACGUUAAGUGUUUAAAGUGCGAAAAUGUGACACUUUCAGAAUUUAAAAUGCGAUUUUCCCGUUUAAAAAAUGUUAAAUGUCAAAUGUUGAAAAGGUAGAAACAAUGUCAUUUUUCCAUUGUAGUCGCCAAUUGUUUUUUUCUUUUCUUUGUCUACCUAGCUUCUCCUUUCUUGUUGAUACUUGAUAUCAUAUAUGAUGUCAUAAUCUUCCUUUUACUUCGAGUUUUCUCUAAAAUGACAAAAAAAGUUUGAUCAUAUGGUAUCAACUCGAAUGAAUAUAGUGCUAUUCCACCGACUACAACUCGUUCAAUAUUGGAGUUAAGCAAAAUGAGGAAAUCUACAACUUGAAUAAAAUGAGUUAUUUGUUGGGACUUUUUUGCUAGAAUUCUUUUUGUUUGUCUUUUUUUUAUUAAAGUUUAUCUGAUGACAAAGCAUAUUAAAUAUUCAUGCGUAAAUAUCAAGAAAGAAUGUAUAUUAAUUCAUAUUCAAGAAAGUAGCGGAUAACGUUUGUUAGAGGAGAAACAUAUUCAUCAGUUUAGCAUGCAUUCCUUUCUUGUUAUUUGCUUAUGAUCAAGAAUAUUUUGCCUGUUGCGGAGUUAAUGUAGAAAUAUUAAGAUCAAUAUAAGUUAGUAUAAAUACAUCGAUCAGCGUGCUCAACAUUAUCACAAACGUUAUCACCAUGAUUAGAAUAAAACUACCAACUCACAAACACCCUUUAUACCCUACGCCUUGGGUUCGCAGUUGCAAUGGUUGCUAUAGAGAAAGUGGUUACGUCAAAUAUGGCUACCGUUGCUACGAAUGUACAAUCUUUUUUCACAAAGAAUGUGCAGAGUCAUCUUUAAAGAUCAACUACCCAUCUCAUCCUGAACACCCUCUCCACCUCGUUAUCAUGGAGAAGCAAUAUGAGAGUAAAACCUGUAAGUUGUGUGGACAGAAAUUGUAUAAUAUGUUUUAUCAUUGUCCUAUAUGUGAAUUUGUUGUUGAUACGGCAUGUAUCAAAAAUCCACCACCAGAUGUUAUUGAACAUCCCAAAGCCCAUGAACACUCUCUUGUCCACCUGAACAACGUUAACUAUGGCACAUGUGACUUUUGCAAAUUAUUUUGUACUAGAUAUCUUUACAAAUGUUCUCAGUGUCAACUGAAAUUCCACUUUGAAUGUUCUAACCUUCCUCUAGAUAUAACUCAUACUUUUCACCCUAAACACCCUCUUAAGUACUGCCUUACAAGUGAAGAACAUCAUUUCUCUGAUGGGAAAUGUCGUAUAUGUGGAGACGUAUUAUGGCGAAGAUUUUAUCAUUGUUCAAUCUGUAAAUUUAGUGUGGAUGUUGCUUGUGUAAAGAAUCCUCCACCGCUUACAAUCCUAUUUUCUAAGGCUCAUGACCAUCAAAUCAGUCUUAUGCCAAGGAUUGUCUCUUUCAACUGUGAUGCUUGUGGGUUGGCUGGUGAUCGAAGUCCUUAUUCAUGUCAACAAUGUGAUUUCAUGAUCCAUCAAAGUUGUAUUGACUUACCAGAGAUCAUAAACAUUAAUCGUCACGAUCAUCGUCUUUCUAGGCGUCCACAUCUUAAUCCCGGGAGUUGGGUAUGCGGAAUAUGCCACAAAAAGGUUGAUUGGUCAUAUGGGGCUUAUUCUUGCUCGAUUUGUCCUAAUUAUGCCAUUCAUUCUAACUGUGCAAUACGAGAUGAUGUCUGGGACAAGUUAGAACUCAAAGGGAUACCUGAAGAAUUUCAAGAAAUCAAACCAUUUAAGGUGAUAGAUGAAAACCUAAUACAUCAUUUUAGUCACGAGGAACACUAUCUGCAGCUCAACAAGGAAAACAUCACAUGCGGUGGAAACAUUCGUUGUGAAGCUUGUGUCUCACCUAUAACUUAUCAAGCAUUCUACAGUUGUGUGCAAUGCGAUUUCAUUCUCCACAACACAUGUGCUAAUCUUCCUAGGAAGAAACGGCAUAUCUAUCGUGAUAAGCCAUUAACUUUAGUAGAUGACAUGACGCAGUUUAAGUGUUCGAUGUGUUCUAACCUUUCCAGUGGCUUUAGGUAUAUUACUAAAUAUGUCAAGAUAGAUGUAAAAUGUGCUGCACUUUCUGAACCUAUCGUCCACGAAAGUCAUGGGUGUCCCUUGUACUACAUUUACGGGAAUGGAAAGACAUGUGCUGCUUGCGGAAUUAGGAGUUAUUCAACAAUAUUUUACUGUGAUGACUGUAAAUUUGGGCUAGAUCCCAAGUGUGUUGUUUUGCCGAAAACAACAAAACAUUGGUAUGACGAACAUCCACUCUCUUUAUGUUACAGAGUCAAUAUAAAAGGAGAGUAUUGGUGUGAUAUAUGCGAGGAAAGUGUAGAAAAAUAUUGGUUCUACAAAUGUGACGAUUGUUGUGUUGCUUUUCAUACCAAGUGUGUUCUCGGCGAAUUCUCACUUCUCAUGCCUGGACGACGCAUAACCACUUACUAUGAUGAACUGAUAAUUGAAGUGAUGCAAACCAGUCCUCGUUUCUCACCACGCUGCUAUUAUUGUCGCUCUCGACGUGCAGUUCCUUUUGUUCUAAAAGUUUUUUAUCCAAAAGAAAAUAUAUUCAUCUGUUCUUUAAAGUGUUUUUAUGUCCACUUAGAUUUAUGCAAAGACCUGUAAUAAGAAGAAAAAACGUGGUCAAGAAAGACCCAAGCGGAUGUAAACUUCAUUUUUUUUUUUUUCAUUUACUUACUUUUAAUUUGUGCAUUGAUGAUAAAGACUUUUAUCCGCAUGUUUUUUAAAUAUAAUUUUCAUAAUAAAAGUCCUAUACAUUGAUAUAUCUCUACACCACCUACAACUAUCUAUGAUGUGCGCCUCAUUGAACGUUUUUCAAGAGAUUUAGGUUUAUUACGGUCUAUUUGUGAUUUUCAUCCUUUUCACAAUUUUUCUUUCGUGUGGAGUACGUAGGUCUUUCAUCUUUUCCUUUCUAUCUAAAUUUUCAAAAAAAAAAAUCACUAUAUUCUGAAUCUUUAAUCAUGGUUGACAUCUUCUUUAAGUAUGCCACUUGGUUAAAUACAGCUUACAAAAUGCUCCACUAUGUUCGCUAACUUAGUAGUUGACCGAAUGUUCAAGGAUAGCUUCAAAAUUAUUAUACCAUAAACUAGUUUAUUUGUUUCCGUAUGUUGCGAAUAUUAAAAUAAAAGAAAACAAACACAAGAAAUUGGAGUCUUUUUUUUUCUCUCCUCUAAAAAAACGAAAAAGUAAACCAUUUCUUUCCUCGACCUCUGUCGUCGUCAGUGGCGGCGGCCACCCCCUCUAGCUCCGAUGGGCAAGCUGAAGGCCUCCAAAAAGCUCCCUCCUGCCCUAGCUGCGAAAAUCCAUGUUCUCUAAUCCUCUUCUGCUUUGGAUUCUGCUACUGUUGGGACUGAGCGUUCGCCCCUCCGGUCGAUUCUCAGAAAACCACCAGAUCUGAACCUCCGCCUGCUCAUGUGGCCUCUUCGGAUGCCUCUCUUGCUGUUUCAAGUGCCGUUGGCCCAGAUCCAGUGACCUUCAAUUCAGGUGCUAGGGUUGCUCCUGCUGCCUCAGCCUCUUCUCCAGCUGCCCCAGUGGAUGUAGAUCUAACCUCCACCUCUCGCCCUUCGUGAAGGGACAAGGCGAAAGGUACACUGCAUAGGAUGUCCAAAAAGGAUACUCCUUUCUUGCUCGAUUCUGGUGAAUGGUGCAUGAAGAUACCAAACGACGUCAUUGCGCGCAACCAGAAAAAAAUAGGAGGCAUUUAUUGUGGGCCAGUUCCACGGAAACCUCCCGUUUCAUGGUGCCCUUCAUUCUAUCCUCAAUGAGAUAUGGAGCUCAAAGCGCAGAGAUAUUACCAUCUCUAAGCUAAGUCCCAAAACUGUCCUCAUCAAAGUUCCAUGCCCUGCAACUAGAGCUCGGGUUCUGGGCCAAGGAAUGUGGCACAUAGAAGGCCAAACUAUGUUUGUUGUGGAUUAUUCCCCUGGCUUCACUCCGCAGAUGCCUGAGCUUGUGGAAGCUCAUGUCUGGUUGGAGCUGUGGGGAGUCCCUCCACACUUCUUCAAUGAGGAAUCUCUAGAACAUGUAGGCGGCCUCGUGGGAGACCCAUUAUAUUUUCACCCCUCAACAGCAAACAUGACUGAUCUGGAGGUUACAAAGGUUUUCACCAUCAUCGACUUCCAAAUACCUCUCCCUGAAACGGUGAACACUCAGUUUGACAACAGUGAGAUUGUUAGAGUUGAAGUCUCAUGUUUGUGGUUCUUUCCGACGUGUACAUUCUCCCAAAAGGGCGGUCACACUAUCAGGCGAUGCCCCACUGCCCCUAUCACUUGUACCAGCUGCAAGUCUACUACCCACUUGACUGAGGUCUAUCCCCGGAACAAGCGCUCAGCAGCUAAAGAUGUGAAAGAAGAUAAGUUGAUCCCCCCAUUUGAGGAAGCCACUCCCCCGCCCUCUUGGAACUCUCUGAAGAAUAAGAAAAAGAAGAAAAAUAUCUCUUCACAUGAGCUUAGUGUCCCUCCCUCUGCAAAAGACGCUAAGGAUUACUUGGCUUCUCCAGUCGAGGCUUUCUCCAAGAAACGGGGAAAGGAGAAGGCGGGACAGGGAAAGGAAAAGAAGAAGAAGACGAUCUCCUUUUCUGAUUCCGGUCUGAGCUCUUCGUCGGAGUCUUCAGGUGCAUAGCACAUUCCGGACACUUCCUCCGCUUCAGAAGCAGAGUCUGCGGAGGACUCUGACCCAGGAGAUGAUCUUGAAUACACAGCGGUUCUGUCUAGAAAAGGCAGAAGGGCACAAAAACAGUUACAGGGGAAGCACCCCAAACCAACUCCUCGUCGCUAAUGGUAGUUGACACUUUUUGUUGGAACAUCCGCGGAUUUAAUAGUAGAAUAAAGCGUAGAAGCAUCAGGAAAUGGCUAAAGUCUAAUAAGCCUCUUUUUGGUAGUGAUAUCGAGACUCGUGUGAAGAUUCACAAGUCCAGAAAGUAUAUAAAAUCUUUUUUUGCGGAAUGGAAUUUUGCUGGGAAUUACGAAUAUGUUUUGUAUGAUAUAUAUUUAAUUCAUAUAUUAAACGGGUA